AUGCCAGCGAAAGGCAAAUACUUUUUAAACGAAAACGAAGGUUGCAAGUUGACAGACCCCUUGUAUGAGAAGUACCUCUACGCAAGUCAACAACACCCACUGCUCUUCUUCCUGCUCUUCAUUGUGGUUGCCUAUUGCUCGACACUUAUCGUGGUGCUCCUCUCUUACGACGAACAUGCUGGUCAACACCUGGCCUUUGUUAUCACAGUGAGCAUUGCUCUCAUUAUCUUCAUCAUCAUGUAUGUUUUAGUUUACGUCGAAUAUUACUUUUGGUGCCAGCUGAAGAUCUUUGCGGUCGUGAUCUGGAUCAGCUUGCUGGCCAUCGGAUAUGUGUCCAUUUUCGACAAGGAAAACCCUAAUCCAGCUGGUUGGGAACAGGUACCAUUUUUUCUGUUCAUCAUCUUCACGACAUACACCAUGUUGCCCUUGGCUAUGAGAGAUGCUGUCAUAGUCAGCUCCCUUUCUGCCCUCUCUCAUAUUAUCGUCCUCAGCGUUGCAGCAGCCAAACACCCACAGAACCAACACACCUUGCUCCUUCAGCUUGUUGCAAAUGCUUUCAUUUUCCUUUGUGGCAAUUUGCUGGGGGCCUAUCACAAGCAUCAGAUGCAAGACGCCUCGUGGGACCUGUAUCACUAUACCUUAAAAUGCAUCCAAGUCCAAAUGAAAUUAAAAAUCGAAAAAAGGCAACAGGAAAGUUUGCUCCUGUCUAUCCUGCCAGCUCAUAUAUCCAUGGAAAUGAAACUAGCCAUCAUUGAGCGCCUGAAAGAAACCAGCGACAUGAAAAAGCAUGAUAAUAACUUCCACAGCCUCUAUGUGAAACGGCACCAGAACGUCAGCAUCCUGUAUGCAGACAUUGUAGGGUUCACUCGCCUGGCAAGCGAUUGUUCUCCGAAGGAACUGGUGGUGAUGCUGAAUGAACUGUUUGGAAAAUUUGACCAAAUUGCAAAGGAAAAUGAAUGCAUGAGGAUAAAAAUUUUGGGAGACUGUUAUUACUGUGUCUCGGGCUUACCUGUGUCCUUGCCGGUACAUGCCAAAAAUUGUGUGAAAAUGGGCCUUGACAUGUGCGAAGCGAUAAAGCAAGUUAGGGAAGCCACAGGGGUGGACAUCAACAUGAGAGUUGGCAUUCAUUCCGGAAAUGUUCUUUGUGGGGUGAUCGGACUUCGGAAAUGGCAGUACGAUGUUUGGUCCCACGACGUCUCCUUGGCCAACCGCAUGGAAUCGGCAGGCAUCCCUGGCCGCGUGCACAUCACGGAAGCAACCCUCAAUCAUCUCGGCAAAGCUUAUGAGGUGGAAGAAGGAAACGGGCAUCUCCGGGAUCCCUAUCUUGAAACCAUGAACAUCAAGAGUUAUUUGGUGAUUGACCCCAGGUCAAAACAGCGUGCCACCAACAAUCAUUUCCCUCAAUCCAGAGUGCAGGAUGGCUUAAAGAUGAGAGCCUCUGUCCGGAUGUCACGAUACUUGGAAUCCUGGGGUGCAGCUCGUCCUUUUUCUCACCUCAACCAUCGAGAGAGUGUGAGCAGUGAGACUUCUGCGCCCAACCGCAGACGCAGGAAGAUAGCCCUGCAACUCGCAAGUCGUCAGAGGACCUCGGAGAGUUGGGAUGGAUCUAGACCACACCAGUUAUGUCCUCCUUCUGUUCUAACCUAUAAAAAUACCUCUCAGAAAGGAAGAAUGGAAGAAGAAAUUAACGAUAAAAUGAUGUCGACCAUUGAGGGCCUGAGUUCAGCCAAACCAUGGUGCGGUAAAAAAGAUGAUUUCCGUGGACUGUGUGGCUUUUUGCUGUGCUUUGUCGAAACAGGACUGGAAAAAGAGUAUCGUACGAUUCCUAUUCGCAAAUUGAGGGGUUAUUUUGUGUGUGCUGGCAUUGUUUUGCUCUGCAUGUUUACAGUACAGAUAUGCAUUAUACCAUGGUCACAAACAUUAGGAAUCUCAUUUGGGGUCGUAGCAGUCAUCAUGGGGCUGAUUUUGUGUGUGUGCUUUGCGGAUGACUGUUGGAAAUGCUGCGCAAAGCGAUGGCCGCUAACACGCUACUUCCGCCUGCUUUCUGAGAAAGUGGAAACGAUGCCCUCCAUCAGGCUUCCCCUGGCCAUCCUUGCCCUCGGCUCGCUGCUGAUCCUUGCUGUUUUCAACCUGCUGCCAGGAAACCAUUCAGAUACUGAAGAUGGAUCAUCUAGUAUGAUUACGAUCUACCCGUAUUAUGCCUACUGCUGCCUCCUGAGCUUCAUCGCGUGUUCUGUGUUCCUCCGAAUGAGUUUUGAACUCAAGCUAAUGCUGCUCUCGGGAGCCGUCGUGGGGUAUUUCGUCAUAUUUAACCGCAAUCCGUAUGUCACCUGCGACCCGGACUGUGUGCAGAGGCUUUUUAUAAAAAAUCCCACAGUGAUGAUCAAUUUGUACCUGGCACUCUUUUAUAUAACUCUGGUUCUGUUGUCCAAGCAGAUAGACUAUUAUUGUCGGCUGGAUUGCCUACAGAAAAACAAAUUCAAAAAGGAACAUGAGUCAUUUGAAACCAUGGAGAAUGUAAACAGGCUACUGCUUGAAAAUGUCCUCCCAGCUCAUGUGGCGGCCCAUUUUAUUGGGGACAAGUUAAACGAGGACUGGUAUCAUCAAUCUUACGACUCCGUGUGUGUCAUGUUUGCCUCAGUCCCCGACUUCAAGGUAUUUUACACCGAGUGCGACGUCAACAAGGAAGGACUGGAAUGUCUUCGUCUCCUGAAUGAGAUCAUUGCUGAUUUUGAUGAGCUGCUGCUAAAGCCUAAAUUUAGUGGGGUCGAAAAAAUCAAAACUAUUGGGAGCACGUACAUGGCAGCAUCUGGACUCUGCGUGGUCUCUGGUCAAGAGAAUAAUGUGGAUCAAGAAAAACAGUGUGCUCAAAUUGGCAUCAUGGUGGAAUUCGCCAUCGCCUUGAUGACUAAACUAGAUGGCAUCAACCGCCAUUCGUUCAACAAUUUCCGUCUCCGUGUUGGCAUCAAUCAUGGACCGGUAGUGGCUGGUGUGAUCGGUGCCCGCAAACCCCAAUAUGAUAUUUGGGGAAACACAGUCAAUGUUGCCAGCAGAAUGGAAACUACUGGGGAACUUGGGAAAAUCCAGGUGACGGAAGAGACAUGCAAAAUACUGAAGAGCUUGGGAUAUGCUUGUGAGUGCCGAGGACUGAUUAACGUGAAAGGAAAGGGAGAAUUGAUCACUUACUUUGUCUGCACCGAUACAGCCAAAUCCCAAGUUUUUUGA